AUGGACAUCGUCCUCGACCGAUCCUUCGGAUCCUACCUCUUCGAGCGCAGUCCGAUUCGAUCCUGUAGCUCGCCGAGUGGACCGCAGCUGAGCGGCACCAUUCUCUCUAGCCUGAGUGCGCUUGUGAAGUAUGCGCUGACCCUUUCGGAUCAGUUUCGGCAUGGUUUCGAGCAACAGCGCGUCAAUUUCAGAGCCUUGUUUUCCACUCCGAAUUCCGAACCGCAAAACCUGACACUUUCCAAACCAGCAACAUCCCGUCGACCUCUUCACCUGUUCACCCUACCCAUCGCCAUCACAGCCGCAACCGUCACAAUGCCACGUCUACGAACAUCCCGCUCAACGCCCCCACCAGAGGGGUUCGACGAAAUCGAGUCCAUCCUCUCCGACUACGACCGCAAGAUGCGCAACGCCGAAACGUCCGACACCCAGGGAACACGCAAAGUCGAAACCCUCUGGCCCAUCAUCCAGAUCAACCACCUCAGAUCGCGCUACAUCUACGACCUCUACUACAAACGAGAAGCUAUUUCCAGAGAGCUGUACGAUUGGUUGUUGAAGUAUCAGUACGCGGAUGCAAACUUCGGCCAGGAACGGUCGUCGAAUGCGUACAUUGCGGAUGUAGAGGCUGUAGCUCUUCAGACUGAUCAAUCAAAACUACGAGUUCAAGCAGUGGAUGCGUUCGUUAGUUGCAAAAGGAGACAAACUCGUGAAUUAGCAAAGCGGUACAGAACACGACAUCCAGCAGAGCGCACAUUCCGUAAGCGCGGGAAAAGAGAUCGUGAUCUGAAGAUCGUACAGAACAGGACAUCAAGCGAUGUAUACAAUCGUCUACCUUGA